UCCAUGGAGAACAGUACGGAAAUGACUGAAUUCAUCCUGUUAGGACUAACCAAUUCCCUAGAACUACAGGUCCCUCUCUUUAUCACGUUCACCCUCAUCUACCACAUCACUCUGAUUGGGAACCUGGGGAUGAUCCUGUUGAUACUGCUGGACUCUCACCUCCAUACUCCCAUGUACUUUUUCCUCAGUAACUUGUCUCUGGCAGAUUUGUGUUACUCUUCAGCUGUCACUCCUGCUGUCAUGGCUGGAUUUCUUCUAGGACACAAGGUCAUCUCCUACAAUGCAUGUGCUGCUCAGAUGUUCUUUUUUGCAGCCUUUGCCACUGUGGAAAAUUACCUCUUGGCCUCCAUGGCCUAUGACCGCUAUGCAGCAGUGUGCAAACCCCUGCAUUACACCACCACCAUGACAACAGGUGUGUGUGCAUGUCUGGCCAUAGGUUGCUAUGUCUGUGGGUUCCUGAAUGCCUGCAUCCACAUUGGGGUCACCUUCAGCCUCUCUUUCUGUGAGUCCAAUGUGGUCCAUCACUUUUUCUGUGAUGUUCCAGCAGUCAUGACUCUGACUUGUUCUGAUAAGCAUAUCAUUGAACUGAUUCUUAUUUUUAUUUCAAGCUUUAAUAUCUUUCUUGCACUUUUUGUUAUCUUGAUUUCCUACCUGUUCAUAUUUAUUACCAUUUUGAAGAUGCACUCAAGACAGGGAUACCAGAAGGCUUUAUCUACCUGUACUUCUCAUCUUGUUACAGUUUCCAUAUUUUAUGGGACUAUCAUUAUUAUGUACUUACAGCCAAGUUCCAGUCAUUCCAUGGACACAGACAAAAUUGCAUCUGUGUUCUAUACCAUGGUCAUCCCCAUGCUGAACCCUGUGGUCUACAGCCUGAGGAAUAAAGAGGUCAAGAGUGCAUUCAAGAAAGUUGUUGAGAAGGCAAAACUGUCUCUGUUUUAUUGUAAUACAUAG